AUGAAAACUUUGAUAUGUUUUCGUAUUCCAUCCACGGGUUAUCUGUUGCUUGUGUCCCGAGGUUUACUGUCUCUUGCGUCCAUUGGUUAUCUGGCUCUUGUUGCCAUCGGUACUCGGUGCAACCCUGCCAUUGGUUAUGUGGCUCUUCCUGUGGUUGGUAUUCGGUCUCUUGCGCCCAUUGGUUAUGUGGCUCCUAUUGCCAUUGAUGUUCGGUUUGUUGUGUCCAUUGGUUGUCUGGAUGCUGUUGCCAUUGAUGUUCGAUAUGUUGUGUCCAUUGGUUGUCUAGCUGCUAUUGCCAUUGUUGUUCGAUAUGUUGCGUCCAUUGGUUCUCUGGCUCAUGGUGCCGUUGGUUUUCGGUCGCUUGCAUCAGUUCCUCUUUUGUCGCUUUUGUCCCAUUCCCUGACGCUCUGA